AUGGGCGCGUUCCUCCCGCCCCAAUCUCUCCGAAGGGACCUCAUCUAUGGCGUCGUCGAGGACGAACAUGACCCCAGCGGCCUGGUCCGGAUCGUGGUGGUGCUGUGUAUGAUUUUCGCAUGGUUGGUCAUGGCGGCUAGGAUCGAAAUGCGGAGACCGCUGGGGAAAUUGUUCGGGUUGGAUGAUUGGGCGGCUUUGUUUGCUACGGUACUCUCGUUGGCGCAACAGAUUGUCGUCAUGCUGGAUCUUCCCACUAGUCUCGCGAAGAAACCGGAUCUGCAGGCCGCUGUCCUGGAGUCGGUAGGCAAGAUGACCUACACGAGUGAUUUGCUUUACAUCAUCACACUUUUCGCAGCGAAAAUCGCAGUGGCGACUUUAUUCCUUCGCUUCGUUGCCUCACAACGGGAGCAUGCAUUGGUUGUGACUCUAUUGAUCGCCGGCCUUGUCCUUGCCUUACCGGCCUUUAUCCUCGUCGCUGCUCAGGAGUUGCCUUUGAAGCCACGGAUCGAGUCAUUGCAGAGUGCACGUCAAGCCAUGUUCCGUCAUUGGACCGCCGUAGAACUUCUCGGCAUCAUCUACGAAAUCGCUCUCAUCUCUUAUCCGAUUUACCUCUCGUUAAAGUGCUCCGGCAAGAGACUGACUCGCUUCCGCACCAUUUUCUUCGCUCUCCUCCGCCUCCCCAUCAUCGCCCUCGCAAUCUUGCGCAUCGUCAGCCUCGGAUUAGCCCUACAAGACUCACCAGCAGUGGACAUCCCCUCCCAACACGCCACCACCGAAGUCAUCAUGCAAGUCCUGCUGACCUAUUCCGUCAUUUGCGCCUCCCUAAUCUGUCUCGCUUUCCACCCCUCCACCCUCGAAAUUCUGCCAACAACAACAACAACAUCAUCAUCAACAACAACCACAACAAGUACCACACCCUGUCUACCUUCCUCUUCUCUAGGCGGGGACACCGCCUUGCCAAGCUACGACCGCUCGCCGAAACGUCCAAGCUACUUCUCCUUCCGCCGCAAGAAAUCCACACCCGAUCGCCCUUCCGCCAUGCAUGCCCUGCAGAUGAGUCUGUCCUGCGACCAGGCGUGGACGGUCACCCGAGCGGAGAGAUCCAACUACGGGCUUUUGCACAGCAGUGGCGGAGGUGCCUCCUCGAAGAAAGGCUCGGGGAAGGACAUCGUGGUCGUUUCGACGGUGGAGGUCAAGUUCGAGGAAGGGACGGAGGAGAUGACGAGGGGCAAGACGAAGACGGGGUUGAUGGCCGAGAGGGAAUUCGAUUGA